AUGGUGUUGGAAGAUGUUGAUUCUGAUUGGGAUGAUGAGACACAGUACCAUGAUGCUGAAACUCAAACCAGUGAGUGUGAGGCCCAGGUGCAACUCACAAAACCAGCCAUAAGAAUUGAAGUGACACCGCUGAGUUCAAGCCAGCUGUGGAAUAUCACAGAGGAACCAGAAGGUGAUGCAGAACCUGUGCAAGUGUGUGAGGAAACAGGGAGGAGUGAGGAUCCACCCAAUGAAAACCCACUUUUGCUGUGUGAGGAAAUCGAAAGCGAUGAAGAACUGCAAUUGACAGGACCGGUGCAGAUGUGUGAAGAAACCGACAGCUGUGAGGAUACACCAGCAGCAGAACCGGAAAAUGUGUGUGAAGAAGCCGAAGGGAAUGAGGAUCCUGCAGCCGUGGAGCCAAUCCUGUUGGAUGAAGGAACCAAGGAAAAUGAGGAUCACCCGAUUGUGGAGCAAACACCGGUGACUGAUGAAGCUCUGAGCAAUGAAGAUCUGCCACCAAUUUCUAACUUGGAUACCAUCUGCCCUGAGGGGAUCGACCAGACUGUACAAGCAGGAUGUAAUGAAGAAACUACAGAAGAUCAAUUAAUACAAGCUGUUGAAACUAGUCCCGAACAAGAGGAAGUUCUGAAGACUGAGUUGGAACAAGAACAUCCUCCUACUGCCUCUGGGCCUUCAGUCAAAAUCGAAGAUGUGGAUUCUGAAGUGGAUUCUUUAAUAUCAGGACAUAACAAGUUGCCACCAAUCCAAUCAUCCUCUUCAACAUGCCACAAUCGAACACUUACAGUGCCCGGCGCCCACAAGACACCACAAAGAGGGAAGCCUUCUUCCCACGAAGAUGAGCAGUCGCAGGAGAUACCUGGACAAGCUUGGCAGAGCCAAACCAAUCUUCAGGUUGAAGAUAGUUUUAGAUCGCCGCAGGGUUCAACUUCAAGUAUUACCAGUGCUAUUGUUAAUGAGCGCCUCCAGGAAUUAGUUAAACUCUUUAAAAAACGAACAGAACGGGUCAAAGAAAAGCUAAUUGACCCUGAGGCAUCUGAGGAUGAGGAAAGUCCAACAGCAACACCUGCAAAAAGGCCCACGGAAGCCUCUCUCCCAGCUGCAGAUGAAAAGAAAGAGGAGAUGGAAGAGGAGCACUACUGUGAAAUGAUAUGCUGCCGAUUUAAAACAGAACCUUGGAUCAGACGGAUCAAAUCAUUGGGGCUUCCAUCCAGUGUUGAUCCUUUCAGCAAUCCAUUAUACGUUCUGUGGUUAUCCAUCGUAGUAUUAGCCUGGAAUUGGAAUGUUUGGCUAAUCCCUGUGCGUUGCACCUUUCCCUAUCAAACACCUGAUAACAUCUAUAUAUGGCUUUUGAUCGAUUAUUUUUGUGAUUUCAUUUACGUGAUAGACAUGCUUGUUUUCCAGUCCCGCCUCCAGUAUGUAAAAGGAGGAGACAUUAUAACAGCAAGGAAACUUAUGAGAGAAAAUUACAUAAAAACCCCAAAAUUUAAGAUGGAUUUGGUGUCUCUUUUGCCUUUGGAUUUAUUGUAUUUUAAACUAGGCUUCAAAGUGCUGUUGAGAGUUCCACGCCUCUUGAAGUACACAACCUUUCUUGAAUUUAAUGACCGACUGGAAGCAAUAAUGAGCAAAGCUUAUAUUUACAGAGUGAUAAGGACCACAAUAUAUUUACUGUACAGCCUCCACAUAAACAGUUGUUUAUACUAUUGGGCAUCUGACUUCGAGGGCAUUGGAGCCACAAAGUGGGUUUAUGAUGGUGAGGGGAACAGUUAUAUGAGGUGCUAUUACUGGGCUGUGAAGACUCUGAUUACAAUUGGAGGGCUACCUGAGCCAGAGACUGUGUUCGAAAUUUUUUUUCAACUUGUCAACUAUUUCAUGGGAGUCCUCAUCUUCUCCAUCAUGAUUGGUCAGAUGAGAGAAGUGGUGGGGGCAGCUACUGCUCGACAGACAUAUUAUCGAAACUGUAUGGAUAACACAGUGAGGUAUAUGAAUCUGAACAAAAUUCCUCGAGGAGUACAGAGCCGAGUGCGGAAGUGGUACGAAUUUACCUGGGAGUCACAAGGAAUGCUCGAUGAAUCAGAGCUGUUGGAACAACUCCCUGAUAAAAUGAGGCUGGACAUUGCCAUUGACGUCAACUUCAGCAUCAUCAGUAAAGUUGCACUCUUUCAGGGCUGUGACAGACAGAUGGUUUUCGACAUGCUGAAGCGACUCAAAUCAGUUGUAUAUUUGCCAGGAGACCACGUAUGUAAAAAGGGAGAGAUUGGAAGAGAAAUGUACAUAAUUAAAGCUGGCGAGGUCCAGGUUGUUGGUGGCCCCGAUGAUAAGACCGUGUUUGUGACUCUGCGAGCAGGCUCCGUUUUUGGUGAGAUCAGUUUGCUGUCAGUGGGAGGUGGAAAUCGGCGGACUGCCAACGUCGUUGCUCAUGGAUUUGCAAACCUUUUCAUCCUCAACAAGAGAGACUUGAGUGACAUUCUGAUCCACUACCCGGAUUCUCAGAAACUUCUCCGAAAGAAAGCUAAGAAACUUCUUUCUAAAGAUGGUGGAAAAUCAGUAAAGCCAGAAGGCAAAGGAUUCCAGCAUAUCAUUCCACCCAGACCAGAGACUCCUAAAUUAUUCCAUGCAGUCCUCUCAGUAGUGGGUAAAUAUGGAAUCAAAGGAACAUUCUCUCUUAUUAAACAGAAACUUGGAGAAUCUGCCAGCAUGCAGCCAAGACUGCAGCCUCCUCCCUCCCCUUACCAUCGGCGGUCACCUGUUACAGCAAAAAAGCUGGAUGAAACUGAUGAUGAAGAUGAUGAUGAUGUUAUUUCAGAAAUGAUGGAUUCCUCUGUCUUGAUCAGGAUGUCUCCUACUCACGAUGGGACAAGGGAACAAAUUCUUUCCGUGGAAGUUCCCGAUGAGGAAAAAGAGAAGUCGGAAAAGUGAUACUGCUUUGGAUUUGCAUUUUGUUUUGUUAAAAGUAGCAAUUUAAAAAGUGAGCGCAGUAAAUUGUUAAGAAUUAGGCUCGCUGUGAUGUUGCAUUGUAAUGAAAAUUUUGCAUUUAUUCAGCAUAUUUCACAUCUCAGGAUGACCCAAAGUGCUCCAUAGCUGAUUACGUAACUUUGAAGUCCAGUCACUGUUACAAUUUAGAAACAUGCAGCACAAUCUGUUUCAGGUGUUGGUUAGGGCUAAAUCUGUUAGGGAAAUCCAGCACAACUGUCUUCUGCAGUUGCUAAAAGUAUAAUAUAUUUUAGGAAGGAAACUAUAUUUGUGCUUGUGCAUAGGAGAAUACUUACAAAACCACAGUGUCACAGACAAUCAACACAAUUAAACAUACACAGCACAAUUUACCUUUAAGGCUCAUAUAGAACCACUCCUAAAUAUAAUUCACAUCUGGAUGUACUCUUAUAUAGAACUUAUAUACAUGGUCAUGUCACCUCGUAUACGUGUACUCACAUUUAAACUUCAUACAUAUUGCACAUCAGAUAUGCAAGACACAAAUACACGCUGUUAAAAGAGAUUCAGGAGUAAAUCUUGUCCAUGGUGGUAGCAGUUAAAAAGUACAUAGAAUGUAAUUACCUACAAAGGUCUUUACAAGUAUGGCUUACAUAUAUUAAGUAGCCACAUAUAAAUCAACUUACCACACUGGACAUUAACAAAUGUCUACAGAAUAGGCUGCACCACCACACACAAUCUCUACAUCGACAUUAUUGUUGAUAAUGCAGAUAUAAUGCUAAAUGUGUACCAUAAUCAUACAAUAAUUAUCACUCAAUAUCUCAGUUGUUUGUCAUUAAUUAAAUUUUUUAAAUGGUGUUACAAAUCUACUGUAGAUGUUCUUCGCUUUUCCAGAGGUUCCAUCUUUGCUUUUCCUUUUAGGAGCAAAACAAUAGCACUCACUGUAAACUGGAACUUCAUGAUGUAUCUUCUAGUACAUUCCCAAUAACCAAGUAGCUCAGUGAGGAAGGAAGGAAUAUCUUGCCCUCUUUCCUUAAUGAAUAUUAAUCCUCCAAGAUCUUAUUUUUAUUAUCCUUGGUGUUGGGAUCCUUCCACCAUAAAUUAAUCUGAAGGGGGAAUUAAAUGAAUCCCAUUGUGUUCUCUUCUCACAACCCCACUCACCAUCCAAAAUAGCACUGGGUAAGUGGAUCUUGGAUAGAUUACAGCAGUUCCUAAUGUUCCUCCUAUCUUGCCCUACAGUCCGCAAAACAGUUCAGUAGAUAAUCAGUCACAUCUACAAGAAGUGAAUCUUUAUGAUAAAGGAAAUAAUUGCCAAUUUUAACAGACAGGAAAGCAAAUCAUGUUUUCAUACAAUUUUACAAACUCACAUGUACCUGCAAGCACUCACAACUGAUCCAAAAUACGUCGUUAACAAUCUCUUUGGAAGAAGUCUGCUAAAUAAGCCUGUUGUGUUUGGAAUGCUCCAAUUGUUCUUAGUCUAGUUCAUCAAUUUUUUUUACAGUUAAUGCUUUAAGAUGAAACUGAAAGAUUUGUUAAGUGGGCAGUUGCUGUUCUUUAAGAAUAUUCCUGCAUUAGAACACAGCUAGAAUUGAACUGACUGUAGUUACAUAACACUCUGUAGAUUCAAGAAACUAAUUUAACACCAAUGAACAAUAAAUGGAAUUUGAGAUAAAUGGC